AUGGAGGUCAUCAUUGACACAAUCGUGUACAGACACUUUCUAAUCUAUACAGCUCUCCCUACAACAGCCGCUUCUAUCCCUGCCUCCCCAACAUCCUCAACAACCAAGAUCGCCACCUUGAUCUCCCCAGCACCUGACCUCUCUCCCCUCUUCUCUCCCCUCCUCUCUCCCUUCCCUCCCCUCCUCUCUCCCUUCCUCCAUCCCCUCUUAUUUCUCCUCUCCUCUCCUCUCUCCUCUCCCUUUCUCUUCUCUGUCCUGCCGCUCAGCCAUCCGCUGCUCUCUCUGAUCGAGAAUAUUACAACCAAGGAUACCGCUCAAGGUGCCGCACGGGUACUGACUGCCAUGUUCGAGACUUGUGUCGACAAAGUCGAGGCGAUGACACUGGUCUUGGACAACGCACUUGAGAGGUUAGAGAAGGCUAAGAAUGGCGAAGAGGAAAGCGUCGACUUUCUGCUGAUAGAGAAGACGCGACCUGUUGCAGGUGCUGCCUAUGCAACUGAGAAGCCAGAAGAGGUUAUUCAUGGUGAGGAGACUUUCGAUGUGCGCGAAUUACCCUUUGACACCCUUGGUUAUAGAAUGUCGGUUUCUCUUCCGAACCCUGAGAUUUUCUUGUGCAACUACACUCAUGAGCUGUCGCGCUACUCGGACGCACGGCAUGUUCACCUCACCACAAGUUGUCUCGCAGAUAGUUUGUAUAUCCAAUUGCUCAGCUGAGCUAUGGAUUCAAC